AUGGCCCUCUCGCUUCCAAUCGCAGCCUUUGUAGCUGCUAUAGGCUUCGUCAUCUGGAGGUUCUUUCUGCAGGAAAUUCUCUUACCGUCCUCGUUCAAUCUGAAGAAUAUCCCAGGACCGGCUUCCCACUCAUGGUGGAAAGGUCACCUCGACCGACUGGCCGAUCGACAAAGCUUCAACUACUGGAAGGAAAUUGCGGAUACUUACGGUACUGUCUCAGCGUUGCGCGGGCCUCUCGGUAGCUGGUUACUGUACAUAUCCGACCCCAAGGCGCUGUAUACCGUUCUCAUUAAGGAGGUGGAGAAUUACCCGAAACGCAUCACGCCUUCUGACGACUUGAAUAUUUUUCUUGGUCCUGGACUCCUCACCACGGAGGCACAUCAACAUCGGCGUCAACGGAAGCUCCUCAACCCUGUCUUCUCAGCAGCUCAUCUGCGUCAUAUGACUAACCUGUUUCAUGACAUCUCGCACAAGGUGCGCAGAGCGAUCCAUCAACGCGUAGCCCAAGAAGCACAGAUUAUAGACGUGAACGGCUGGAUGGCCCGCACUACCCUUGAAAUGCUCGGACAAGCAGGGCUCGGUUACUCCUUCGACAACUUCAUCGAAGACUCUUCUGAUGCGUAUGGCGAAUCUCUGAAGAGUUUCUUCCCGACUCUGGCGCGCAUACUGCUGAUGGGGUUCUUCCUACCCGGUGUCUCGCGAGUCAUAUCAGACGAUACUAUUCGCGCGAUCUUGCGCCGCUACCCUCACAAGGAGGUCCGGAACAUGAUGAGCGUUUCAGACACCAUGAUGCGCCGCUCGCAAGAAAUCAUUGAUGAGAAGAAGGAAGCAUUGAAGAAGGGCGACGAGGCCCUCACCCACCCAGUCGGAGAGGGAAAGGACAUUAUGAGCAUCCUACUCAAGGCCAAUAUGACUGCAACCGAUGCUGAGAAGCUUACGGACGAGGAAGUCAUCGCUCAGAUGUCAGUUCUGAUGCUCGCAGGCAUGGACACCACCUCGAACGCACUAUCGCGUACCCUCCAGGUCCUCGCACAAAACCCAGCUGCUCAGUCCAAGCUCCGCGCUGAGAUCCUCGAAGCGCGCAAUGGAGAGCCGACAAUCGACUACGAGAACCUCAUCAAGCUUCCGUAUCUGGACGCAGUGUGCCGUGAGACCCUGCGGCUGUACUCUCCUGUUCAGAUAAUUGCUCGUCGCGCGGCAAAAGAUCAGAUGCUCCCGCUGUCAAAGCCUGUCCGCGGGAAAGAUGGUCGCAUGAUGGACGCAGUGCCCAUACCUAGACGCACGCUCGUUCUCCUCCACCUCCAAGGUAGCAACUACAAUCCGGAGCUCUGGGGCGAGGAUGCACACGAGUGGAAGCCCGAGCGCUGGCUAAGUCCUCUCCCCGCUGAUCUGGACGAGGCCCGCAUCCCGGGAGUCUAUUCGAACAUUAUGUCGUUCUCAGGUGGCACCAGGGCGUGCAUUGGCUUCAAGUUCGCCCAGCUGGAGAUGAAGGUCGUCCUGUCUGUCCUGCUGGCCGCUUUCGAAUUCGAAUUGACUGACAAGGAGAUCAUUUGGAACUCUGCUGGAGUAUCAUUCCCAACGAUGGGCCUCGACAGUGAGAAGCCUGAGAUGCUCCUCAAGGUGAAGGCUGUAUAA